UGAAAUCAGUUUCGUUUUGAUGAGAUUUUCAUGACAAAAUUUUGACGUGGAUCUCAGUAUAAUGUCUGUUUAAUUACAGUCAAUUUCUUACCCAGUUUUGUUUAAAAAUGGAUACAUGCACAAAUACAGACCCUCCGAGCACUUCAGGCCAGGGCAGUAUGCUUGUCUCUGGAAACCAAUCUAUGACCGAAGCUGAAGUCCAAUCACUGUUUUUGUGCAAGGAGGAGGUUAUUCUACAAAUCGACCCUUUCGUUGUGUCUGCAACACUUCGUAGAAAAUACCCUCGACGAUUUGAAUCUGUUCACAAGAAAAUCAACACAUUAGCACUAACAACUGACAGAAGAUACGUCUCCGAAGUUUUGAUCAGCCACCUGCCGCAAAACAUUUCCUUACAGGACUUAGUACUUGUUCUUGAAGAAUGUGGUUAUAAAAGAUUAGCAGCAAAAUUGUACCUUUCCCUUUUCAAAUUGGACGCCGUUACAAGUGUAAAUCAUGUUCACAAAUCGACAUCAGGUCAAAGGCCAUUCUUAAGCAAAAUGGUGGUUAAUUUGAAAAAGAUGGUGGAUAAUGCACGGUUCACUGAUCCUCGGCUUGCAUUAAGCCAAUUAAGUGACAGGUGUUUCCUAAAAAUGCAAAACGAAAGUAAUGAUUAUCGGAGACAAAAUCUUGCUGACAAAUGUGUAGCAGUUAUUGGUGCAGAAAUCGAUGCGAUAGCAAUCACAUUUGACAAAGGACUUCGCGAAAGAGAUGUCUUCACCAAAAUGAAAAGUCUCACAAGCGAAACAAGUAAUACAUUACUUACAGAUGGUGUGUAUUUUGGCCGUUUAGCAAAUGCAAAUGCUAUUGCAGGGCGUUUUGAAGAAAGUGAAGAUUUGCUCAGAGCUGCUCGUUGUAAAGCAUUCCAUAUUGGUCCCUGCUUUGAACUUUUGUUUAUGAUUGUUAUCGAAGUGCAAGUUGGACUCUAUAGCUUUGAAAACACGCCAACACCAGAAGAAAGGCGGGCACUGUUAAUGUGGGGUAGAAUGGGUCUUGAAUGUGCUGAAGAGGAAAAUUUGGACACUAAAAAUAUGUGGAGAAGAUCGUUUGUUUUGAGAAUGGUAUUCUGCUUGCUUGGUCUCGGGAACCGGGCAAACGUUAUUAAAAACUGUCCUGUUGACGCAACAUGCAUUGAAGAAGCAAAGGAACUUCUUGCCGAUAUGGAUAGAAACUGGACUGGUAUAGAAAUAAGACGAAAAAUGUUUUACUAUGUUGCUAGAGCUAGAAUAGCGGAGUUGACCAAACAAAACCAAGACUGCCUGGACAAUUUACAAAAGUCUAAGUACCUUGCAGAUAAAGCCAACUUUGACGAGUUAGAAUUUAUUUCAACUUACUUUGAUCAGGUAAACUCUCUCACGCAUCUGAGAAGUCAAUAUAAAGGCACCAUAGAAGGGGGAGAACCUAAGACGGAAGUGCUUGGUGAAAUGAUAUUAGAUGAAACAAGAAACUAUGCUUUAAUUAAAAAACCGUCAUUUAACCAGAGUCUCGACACUAUCAGCAUCCGUACAGUUGAUGAUGACGAAACCAUUCCAAAACUCAGGCUUUACUCUCCAGUAGCAUGGAAUUUAAAAUCAAAAGUGGCCCUUCUUCAUCUUCGUUCAGAUGAAGACACACAUCCAUCGGUUGAAUAUCGGUUAAGAUGUGAAGAAGAUAAUACCUUUCAAGAAACAAGAAGUCAGUCAGUAAACUUCGAGCGAGAGAACGACAUAGUUUUAAUGAAACACAGAAGUCUUUCGUUUUCCGAUAAAAGCAAUAGUUCAUUUACAAAUACGAGGUUGCCAGUUUUCAAACCAGGCAUAUCUGGUAGUGUUUGUAUGGAAAGCAUUAGAACUAAACUGGAAAGCCAUACAGAGCCAAAGGAAAUAUGCUGUAUGCAACAAAUAAGCGCUAGUUUCGAAGGUGAUAGUACAACUCAAUUUCCGAAAAGAAAGGAUGUCGUAAAAACAGAAAUAUGUGAAAGACCAAAUGUUGAAGAGGACUUUCUAAACAAUUGGCAUGAACAUGACUAUAGAAUCUACCAAGAGUUCCAGAAGCCAGACUUCGUCAAUCAAAGUAAUGAAUCGAAGUUGUCAGUUCGAUUACCAUUAAGUGGCCGCACAUCAGCCGGCAACAGCGAUGCAGAUUCUUUAACGAAGCCUAAAUGUUUGGUUUCCGCUGGACAAACGUUCACUACACAAAACCACUUACGUGGUGGAGAUCCGAAUGUCAUAGAAACGUUUGGCAUUUUUAAAACUUCAGAACUAUGCAUGUCUAAUACUGGUAUGGAAGUCCGAAUUUCACCUGCCGGGCGUGACAGUGCUGGCAACACACCAUAUCAAACAAGAGAAAGGUCUUUAGGUUCUCAAGAAGGUUAUCAGAAAGAGGGACACUCAAGCGUAGAACAUUUAAAUGUGUAUCAGUCGUUCAAAGAGUCAGAUUUAUCCGACAAUCUGUCUUCUCUAGAUAGCGAUGAUAUGUUUGGUGACUGACAUGAUGCAUGCGCUGAAUCUUACUGAGCCAAAGCUUUACGAAGGACAUCCACACUGUUAGGUGAUUGACACGUUACAUGUGCUGCAUCUUACUAAGCAGAAGAAAGUAAACGAGCUUUUAACAAGGACAUGCACAAUAUUUGGUUGCAAGGUUUCAAUUCGUAGGUUUUGGUUGCAUGUGCUUCUUUUUUCGUGUUCAUGGUAGGGUUGGUGACAUAUCACUCCGCAUUUUGCGUGUUGUUUCAUAUCUUCGUAGCUUUCUUGAAUGCUUUCAAGUGUUAAUAGAGUUUAUGUUAUUAAGUGUUUUUUGUUCUCAAAAAAAGUCAGUAUGGACUCUAAGUUUCGGUCCUGAUAGUUUUGUUUGCUGUGUAUGUCCCGAUUAAUGGUAGUCGAGGACACAGAUAUGAAUUUGGGAUUUCUGGUAACCUGAUAUUCUUUUUGUGUGUUUUAAUGCGUUGAAAGAAAGAAAGUUAUUCUAAAUAUCAUUUUACAGAUAAGAUUUUUUUAUUACCCAAAAAGUUUCAAAUAAGUAAUUUCACGUUCGAUUCCAGUUGAAAUUAAAAAAGAGAAUAAAUAAGUUUAUCUUUUAGUGUUUUCCGUAAUAUAUUAAAUAUAUUACUUUUUAGUAAUCAGUCAAGGUCACAAUGUGUCCACGACAGGAAUAUUCAGGUUAACGCCGAAAAUUUGGGUGAUUUCGUGGCUUGUCUUGCGAUGUCGUUCAUAAAAAUAAGUGUCUUGCGAUUAAAAAUCUGUCCUGACUUGAAAUUCGGACUAUUCUAUUUUUUUUGCCACGACAGAUUACUCGAAGACAUAUUGUCUAACUGGUGUCGUGUAAA